UAAAAGUAUAGCAACCAAUACUUUUUACGGUCUUCGUAAAUAGAAAAAGAAAAAAAUAUUUACAAUGGAAAAUACAAUUCAUUUUACAGUGUUGGUAGUGCUUAUAAAAGCAAUAUAUGCUCAAGAGAUUGAAGACGCUGCUUUGCGACAAAUGUUAUCGAAGACGACGUUGGCUCAAUGCAUGACCCCACCAAAACUGGCAGGAGCACCACAACGUUGCUGCAAUGUUCCACAGCUGUUUGAAAACGAGACCACUGUAGGCUGUGAACCAAUCAACUUACUAGAGGGGAAGCCCGCCUUGCGUGGAUCACCUGAUUGUGCAGACAGAAAUUGCGUACUCCGGAACAACGAUUUGCUGAACGACAAUGAUCAGAUCGACAAGGAAUCUUUAAACAGUAUCUUGAUGAGUGGGUGUCGAAGAGGAAAGAGUUCUUGUCUGCCAUUGAAGAGAUCAAAGAAGAUUGUCUUGGUAAGAAGCCUUUGCUUGGAUCCUCGACUUGGUGUGAAGCGGACAAACUAGUCUUCUGCGUGGGUUUCAAUAUGAUAAGCAGAUGUCCGAACUGGCUGCAAAAUGAAGGCUGUGCUGAGAUACGAUCAUAUUUGGACAACUGCGUGCUAUAUUAAGUUAUUAAAUGUUAUUUAAUAGUUCUGUAGUAUUUUUAUUUUACUUGUGUAAGAUAUGU